AUGGCCUCACUAGCUGGGAAGACGUGGGCGUGGAAAAUUUCGGAGCCGUGGUACUCAACGGAGGAAUCGACGUUCGGUUUGUUUUUCAUUUUGGUCGGAGGCAAUACGGAAAAGGAGUCGGCAGUUUCAAUCAAGUUUGAAUUCGAGAUUCUGGCAUUUCUCUUCUGUUUGCUUUUCGCCAUGGUUGAACCAGGGAAUCAUUUCGUCAUUUCUAUCCAACCAGAAAAAAUAAUUAUUUUCUUUCUAUCUAUCUAUCUAUCUAUCUAUCUAUCUAUCUAUCUAUCUAUCACAGUUCAUUAUCUACCUGUCUGUCUAUCUAUCUAUCUGAAUCCAUUCAUUAUCUAUCUACCUAUCUAUCUAUCUAUCUAUCUAUCUAUCUAUCUGAAUCCAUUCAUUAUCUAUCUACCUAUCUAUCUAUCUAUCUAUCUAUCUAUCUAUCUGAAUCCAUUCAUUAUCUAUCUACCUAUCUAUCUAUCUAUCUAUCUAUCUGAAUCCAUUCAUUAUCUAUCUACCUAUCUAUCUAUCUAUCUAUCUGAAUCCAUUCAUUAUCUAUCUACCUAUCUAUCUAUCUAUCUAUCUGAAUCCAUUCAUUAUCUAUCUAUCUACCUAUCUAUCUAUCUAUCUAUCUGA